UAUAAUAUACUUACUAUCUUCCUGGCCUUACUCGAUUUUAAAUCUCUUAAUACUAACUUCUCUAUCUUUUACCGGGAUAAUAUAAUUAUUAUAAUCUAUAUAAAUAAUCUCCUAAUUACCGGGGCUUCUAAGCCAGAUAUUAAUAGAAUUAAGGCUACUCUAAAUAAGCGGGUUAAGAUAUUAGAUCUUGAAGUAUACUACUUCUACCUUAGAAUAGAGGUUAUCCGUAACCGUCUAUAA